CAACUGACAGAUAUACGCUUUAUUGCUAAUGGCUGCUCGACGCCUCAUAUUUGGAGGCACAAUACUAUCAGCUAUUGCAGCUAUUGCAUUGGCGCUUUCUUUUCAAGCGCAACAGCCGUUGGGAUCGAUUGAAUCUCAGCCUGUCACGUACUGCUAUAAGCGUGUCCGCACACAGACUAAGGACCUUCCCGAGGCUCAAUGUUUCACUGUCGCAGAUGGAGUAUUUACAGAAAUAUUUAAAGGAAAGGACGAGCUUGAUGGAACCCCAGUUGUAACUUCAGACCGAUAUGUUAUCCCGGGCUUGUGGGAUGGCCACGGUCAUCUUAUGGGCUAUGGAGAAUUCCUGUAUUCUGUGGAUUUGUUCGGCGCUGAGUCGAUCAACGAUGUACGAACCAGGAUCAAAGCGUUUUUAAAAGAAAAUCCAGGCGCAGGUUCGAAGGAGUCAUGGCUUCGCGGCGUGGGAUGGGAUCAAGCCGCCUUUGGUCGCAUGCCAACAGCUGAUGAUUUUGAACAGGACGAAGAGCUACGAGGCCAUUUUAUCAUGCUAGAUCGAGCCGACGUUCACUGCUCGUGGAUCUCACAAGCUGUUCUUGACUUGAUACCGACUCCAAUCCCGGAUGUUCCUGGUGGCGAAGUUGUACGAGAUCCCGGACUUGGUGUCUUCUGCGACAAUGCCCUUGAUAUGGUUAUGCCACUAUGGCCAAAGCCAAGUGUUGAGAUGCAAGCAGUAGCUGUCAAGAGUGCGAUGCGAAAGCUAAAUGAACUUGGCCUUGUGGGAGUACACGAUGCAAGCACUGUCCCAAGUCAAGUUGAACUCUACAACACACUCGCGGAUUCGGACGAUUGGACUGUUAGGAUAUAUUCCAUGUUGGAAUGUGACACUCGAAACACCUUUUGCCCACAAAAUGCAAACAAGAUUGCCCGGGCUGACGGGCGCUUGACUGUCCACAGCGUUAAGCUAUUUGCUGAUGGAGCUCUUGGUAGCUGGGGUAGCGCCAUGCUGGAGCCAUACUCCGACCACCCAUGGUCAUCUGGAUCUCUUCUGAUCAAUGGAUCAUCUUUAGCCACCGUCGCUAAGUUGUGGGCAGCUCAUGGGUUUCAGGUAAAUAUCCAUGCCAUCGGUGAUUUGGCCAACCGCAACUCCAUAGAUGCACUCGAAACGGCGCUUAAACAAGAGUGUCCUGAAGUAGAUGGAGAUGAUUUGUACAAGUGCCAGGCUCGCUUCCGUCACCGUAUUGAGCAUGCACAAAUCAUCCACCCGGACGAUCAGGCCCGUAUGCACAAGCUUCGGAUCAUCCCAUCUAUUCAACCCACACAUGCUACAUCUGAUAUGAAGUAUGCAGAAGAUCGCCUCGGUCCAAAGCGCACGGCUGAGGAAGCAUACCGGAUGAAGUCCCUUCUCGACAUUGAUCCAAUUCUAGGUAGCGAUUUCCCAGUCGAACCGCCAAAUCCUUUUGAAGGUAUAUACGCUGCCAUUACACGACUUAGCCCACAUACUGGCACAGCUCCCGAUGGAAGUAAGAGUGGUUGGCAUUUGGAAGAAGCGCUUAGUCUCGAUGAAGCUCUGUGGGGAUUUACUGGUAGUCCUGCAUAUGGAGCCUUUAUGGAGGGCAAGGCUGGCCAAAUAACAAAGGGUGCCUUCGCGGACUGGGUUGUAUUGGAUGCGCCUUUGGAAAGUCUUUCGACAGAAGACCUACGCAAUGUCAAGGUCAGAGAAACUUGGGUCGCAGGGAACAGGGUGUAUCACAGGGAAGAGGGUGACCAAGAACAAGAGCAGGCCGAAUUGUGACAUAUAAGAUCAUAGAUUGCUACCCAUAUGUAUACGCGCAAGUGUAUCUACCGCCAUCAAAGAUUGGGAGAGAAUCGAAAAAACAAAAUACAACACUCAUUACUAAACCGAAUCUUCAUCAAGCUCCCAGGAUUCUCAUACCUUAAGGGAUACAGUCUCUGCUCCUUAAGCUCGAUAAACGAGCUUGCUCUCCACCCAUUUGGCAAAUUUGACAGUAGGAAUGUCCACGCCUCUCCAAAACAUAUCUGCUAUCCAAAUAGUGAUUGGGAUGAUGAAGAACCCGGACAUUACGAAGCCAAGGUUGUAUGCAUGGCCUUCCACGCCGGUGAUACCCCACGUCAUUUUUUGAAUUUGAUAGCCGAUGCAAUGAAGUACCGGUCCGUGUACCAAGUAAAGCGCAUACGACAGCUUGCCAAAGUAUUGGACCACAUCACUGUUAUAAAAGCUUUGCCAGGAAGUGCAGUGUCCCACAGCCCAUAUAAACAGAACAGCGGAUAUUGAUUGCCAGAAUCUGUAUCGCUCCCCAACCCACCAGCUGGGGAUCAUGCUUGUCAGAGUUGCCCAGCCAGGGGCCAGUUCAGGAUUGACAUCCGGCAUGGACAUCAAGUAAAGACUGAUGACGAUGAUAAACGCCCAAAAGGAAGGGGCUUUUGUAGGCAUCUUCCAUUUAGAAACCACCUCUAAGAAUGGUGGGGGUACGGGACCGGAAUGAGCGUCUCGAACAAGAUCCAUCUCAGCGAGAAGCAUGCCCCAAAGGAAAAGGCAAAGUUCCCAUCUGGAAUUGCAGUAGCAGAAGAAAAUACAACCGCCAACAGCCAGGUAUCUGUAUUUUGUUUGCAGGCGAGCGGUUCCAACAAGAACCAGAAACAGGAACAGAGAGCAGCGAAAUUCGACAGGAAUAGUCCACAAAUGGACAUCAAGAACUAUACCGUCAUUGUUAGUAUCUUAGGUCAUUUGGUGUAAGAGAACUACAUACUGGUAGAACCUCCAUAUUGGUCCCAGUCAAAGAUGUGGAUGAAUUGGAAGAUUGUCAUCAUGAGAUGAUGGAAUUGGAUAUAGAUGGUAGGGAGGCAUUCAGGAUGCGGUUCGGCAAAGUUCUUGAGGAAUCUUCUAUCGUUGGCAAAGUCUCUGCUCCAGUCGUAGACUCCGAUACGGAGGAGGACGACAAUGAUGAACAUUGACGUAGCAGUAGGUAAGAACAGGCGAAUACCACGUCGGAAGACUAGGGAGCUGAUCGCGUUGGAGAAGUCCGCUGGAGACCGACUGCGAACGAACUUCAGUGGGCGGUAGGAGAGCGCAUAGCCUGAGAUGACAAAAAAGACGCAAACAGCUGGAGCUCCCUGAUAAAAGAGUCGAAUAAAUGGGAGUUUGAGAAAGUGGUAGUUAUUCUCGUUGGUGCCCCAGCCUUCAGCGAUGUUGAAAGCCUGGUAGAAAAAGUGGCAGAAGAAUACAAACAGUGCAGCCAAUCCACGGAUACCAUCGAGAUAAGAGGUAGGAUAUAGCUUGGCUGGUCUGAUCAUUUCUCUACCGUUGUGCUGCAUGAAACUGGGUGUGAUAAACACAACAACGCUGGACAGCGAACGUUUCCAUGAUGUUGAACGAAUCUGCGUGGAUAGAAUACUCGCUGCCGACUGUAGAGGCUGGACCGACGUAGUAAUGUAGUUUUUCGGAUCGAAAUCGUAGCUCUCAUGUUCACUGCCUACUUCAGAAACCAAUUGUUCUUCAAGGAGGCCCAGUUUCUCAACCUCUGUGGGUGAGUCUGGAUAGGCGCCAUGGUC